UCAGUGACGGUGAGCUCAGCAGACAGAGGCUGCAGUGGACCAAUACCUGCUGGGUGUGGCAGAACAAUCCCCGCCCGGCCGGUGCGCCGCCUGAUGCGCCGGUGAUGAAAUGAUGCGCAGCCAUGACGUCUCCAGCCGGAUCUGAUCAAUAAUCAAUAAUCAUUGCUGAUCAUUAGCUGCUUGAAUCUUCUCUUCUCGUGCUGGUCUCUCCGAGUCUCGCGGUGACUCGCUCUCAGAGGUGCGCACGCGCUCGGCGGCGCUCGCGCCCGGCUCCGUGCUCGUCCCAGCCGCCGCGCGCUCCCGCAGAGCGAUCGGAUCGACGUGUCUCGGACAGAGUCGAGCUGCGGUCUCACGCGCUCCUUCACUUUGAAUUCGGUCCGAUUUCCGGAGCUGAGGAAGAGGAGGAGAGGGAGGAGGAGGAAGGACCGGGAAGGAUCCCAGUCCGGAGAACCGGGAGAACCGGGAGAACCGGGAGAACCGGGAGCAGCUGGAUCACGACCGGAGCUGGAAGAAUGAGGAGCGGCUGGAUUCUCCUGAGCCUGGCGCUGAGCUGCCUCUGCGGGGCUGCGGCGGCGGCCAGGAGCUCCUCUCCGACAGACGACCUGUACCUGGACGAUCCGGGGUCGGGUUACUACCCAGAGGACGACGACGACUUCAACUCCGGUUCCGGCUCAGGUGGAGGUGAGGAGAUCCUGGAGGAAACGGUGACGGUCAGCAGGGUUUAUAUGGAGCCCAAAGCAGCAGAACCCACCAAGGACGCCACCAAGUUCUUCAGCCCCAGGAUGGAGCCGGGGCCGGAGGGAAGGGCCAGAGACGGCACAGCCAGGAAACCGGUCCGGACAGAGCUCCCAGUUCCAGUCACAGAGGACCAGCAGAGGAACCAGAUAACCAGUACCACCGAGCCCCCGGGUUCUGCUCUGGAACCCGUUGAAGUCCGGACUGAAAACCUCUUCCAGAGGACGGAGGUGUUGGCAGCUGUGAUUGCAGGCGGCGUGAUCGGCUUCCUGUUUGCCAUCUUCCUCAUCCUCCUGCUGGUCUACAGGAUGAGGAAGAAGGACGAAGGCAGCUACGACCUGGGAGAGAGGAAGCCUUCGGGAGCAGCCUAUCAGAAAGCUCCGACCAAGGAGUUUUACGCGUGAGGCGCCGCCGUCCGCCACGAUGUGGAGCCGCGGCGGCACCUGUCGGACCCGCGGUCCAACAAACAGGAACCGUCUCGCUAAGUGGCUCAGAGGAGAACUUUUCUUAGAACUGUGUUUCCCCAGUAAAGCCAGAGGUUCUGCUCGGCCCGGAGUUAACCCAUUUGUGUUUUAGCAUGUCUAAAGACGAGUUCACCUUCUUCACCGGAUCCUCUCCAGGUUCUAGAUCACCGUCUGUUCUCACCCCACACAGCCUCUCACACCGAUCAGAACCCAAAAACUGCUCCAGUUCUGAGUCCAGAACCCAUAGGAAUCCGCUCCAGGGUUCUAGUUCUAACAGGAAGUAGAUCUCUGCGCUCCUCUGUAUUAGAACCGGAGAACCACAGACUCACAUGUUCUGUUGUUUAGUCGCGCUCUUGGUUCUGAGCUCUCAGUCCAGUUGUUUCUUGUGUAUGUAAAGAAAAAUGAAGAUUUGUAAAUGUAUAUUCACAAAUGUCUGAAACCCUCAAAGUGCCUAAUGAGUCCGCGCUCGAGCGCUCUCGGAUCUCUGGAACGUUUUCUAGUCGUAUGAAGCUGACUGUAUUGUUGUACGUGUAAUCUGAACCAACACUACUGAAUAAACUUUGUGGCCUAAA